GGGUGGCAGAACAAGGGAGGAAUGGAUUGUGGGCCACCUGCCACUUUCCAACCCCACCUGGCUGAGCCACCUGGCCCUGCCCGUCGCCCGGUGGCUGUGUGCCAGCAGGAGAGCCUGUCCUUUGUGGAGCUGCCCCUCCUGCAGCCCCCGAGCCCUGUAUGUCUGGACCUCUUUCCCGUUGCCCCGGAGAAGCUGCAGGCUCCAGGCAGCCGCUGGUCCUUGGGGACCCCUGCCCCUCUCCCAGGGCUGCUAUGGCCACCAUCUCCAGAAGACACUGAAGUCUCUACCAGUGGGGGGAUGCGGCCCAGCAGGGCUGGCAGCUGGCCGCAUUGUCCCAGUGGCCAGUCCCCAGCUCUGGAAGGACCCUGGAGUUGUCAGCACCCACAGCCACAGCGCCGGGCCAGCCAUGGCUCGAAGAAAUCAGCCUGGCGUAAGAUGCGGGUGUACCAGCGAGAGGAGGCCUCCAGCAGCCCGGAGGCCCGUGCUGCCUUCCUGGAGCCUGGCCAGGAGGAGACGGAGCAGGCACGGGGCCUGGACGAGCCUCGGCUGCCAGAGCUGUCCGGGCCCAGCCGUGGGAGCCUGGAGGGGCCAGAGCGCAGGCGCUUCUCAGCCUCGGAGCUCAUGACCCGGCUGCACUCUUCCCUUCGGCUGGGGAGGAACUCAGCCAGCAGGGGCCUGGCUGCCACUGGCCCAGCCCGGGAAGGGAGAGUGGCUGCACGGGAAUCACGUGGCAUGGACAGUGUGGCACCGCCAGCUCCCGCUGACCCAAGUGAGGGCCCUGGCGGCUGGCCUGAGCCCAGGCUGGAAGCGCAGGAAGAGCCGGCUCUGGGUUCCAGGAGCUCCAGCGAGAGGCGCCAGUCCCGGUUCCUGCUGAACUCCGUCCUCUACCAGGAAUACAGCGACGUGGCCAGCGCCCGCGAGCUGCGGCGGCAGCAGCAGGAGGAGGGCCCCGGGGACGAGGCGGAGAGCGCGGAGGAGGGGCCCGGGCCGCCGCGCGCCAACCUCUCCCCGAGCAGCUCCUUCCGGGCGCAGCGCUCGGCGCGCGGCUCCACCUUCUCGCUGUGGCAGGACAUCCCCGACGUGCGCGGCAGCGGCGUCCUGGCCACGCUGAGCCUGCGCGACUGCAAACUGCAGGAGGCCAAGUUUGAGCUGAUCACGUCGGAAGCCUCGUACAUCCACAGUCUGUCCGUGGCUGUGGGUCACUUCUUGGGCUCCACUGAGCUGAGUGAGUGUCUGGGGACACAAGACAAGCAGUGGCUGUUCUCCAAACUGCCCGAGGUUAAGAGUACCAGCGAGAGGUUCCUGCAGGAGCUGGAGCAGCGGCUGGAGGCUGAUGUGCUGCGCUUCAGCGUGUGCGACGUGGUGCUCCGCCACUGCCCAUCCUUCCGCCGUGUCUACCUGCCCUACGUCACCAACCAGGCCUACCAGGAGCGCACGUAUCAGCGCCUGCUCCUGGAGAGCCCCAAAUUCCCUGGCAUCCUGGCUCGUCUGGAGGAGUCCCCUGUGUGCCAGCGUCUGCCCCUCACCUCCUUCCUCAUCCUGCCCUUCCAGAGGAUCACCCGCCUCAAGAUGCUGGUGGAGAACAUUCUGAAGAGGACAGCCCCAGGCUCUGAAGACGAAGACAUGGCCACCAAGGCCUUCAAUGCACUCAAGGAGCUGGUGCAAGAGUGCAAUGCCAGUGUGCAGUCCAUGAAGAGGACAGAGGAGCUCAUCCACCUGAGCAAGAAGAUCCACUUUGAGGGCAAGAUCUUCCCGCUGAUCUCUCAGGCCCGCUGGCUGGUUCGGCAUGGGGAGCUGAUGGAGCUGGCACCACUGCCCGCAGCACCCCCAGCCAAGCUGAAGCUGUCCAGCAAGGCAGUCUACCUGCAUCUCUUCAAUGACUGCCUGCUACUGUCCCGGAGGAAGGAGCUGGGGAAGUUUGCUGUGUUCGUGCACGCCAAGAUGGCAGAGCUGCAGGUGAAGGGCCUGAGCCUGAAGCCCCAGGGUAUCCCCGGGCACGUGUUCCUGCUGCAGCUCUUCCACGGCCAGCACACCAAGCACCAGUUCCUGCUGAGGGCUCGGACUGAGAGUGAGAAGCAGCGGUGGAUCUCAGCCCUGUGCCCCUCCCGGCCCCAGGAGGACAGCGAGGUCAUCGUCAAGGGGGAAGACUGCCCCCAGGUUCAGUGCGUCAGGACAUACAAGGCACUGCAGCCAGAUGAGUUGACCUUGGAGAAGACAGACAUCUUGGCAGUAAGGACCAGAACCAGUGACGGCUGGCUGGAGGGCGUCCGCCUGGCUGACGGCGAGAAGGGCUGGGUACCCCAGGCCUACGUGGAGGAGAUCAGUAGCCUCAGUGCCCGGCUCCGGAACCUCCGAGAGAACCAGCGGCUCACGAGCGCCUCCAGCAAGGUGGGGGAGCCACCAGCGUGAGGGAGGUGUGGCCUGGCCCCCACCGGCUCAGGACAGGUCUGGAGAGGCCUGCUGAGACUCCACGCCAUGCCCCAAGCAGUGGCUGCUGGCUGCGGGCUGAACAAGAGGACCCAGGUCUGUCCUCAGGCUCCGCAGUGUCUGCUCUUCAGGCCAAGAGCAGUUGCUUGACUCGGGACCUUGAUGGGCGACUUCCUCCUUCCACGUCCCCACACCUGCCUGACUCCUGGUUCCUCGGGCAGAGCCCUGGCUGGAGAAGGCCUGAGGUUGAUGGAUGUGGGACUCUCUGUAUGGCUGGGGCCUCCUCUGCCACCUCCCUGGUCACAACGUGAGUGGGCCCUAGUGGCUACGACUUAUUUGUAAAUAAAUUCUCAUCCUGCUUUU